AUGGGAGACUGGAGUUUCCUGGGAGAAUUCCUUGAGGAGGUCCACAAACACUCCACUGUGGUGGGGAAGGUCUGGCUGACUGUGCUCUUCAUCUUCCGGAUGCUGGUGCUAGGCACAGCAGCUGAGUCCUCGUGGGGUGAUGAGCAGUCUGACUUCAUGUGUGACACCCAGCAGCCUGGCUGUGAGAACGUCUGCUACGACAAGGCUUUCCCCAUCUCCCAUGUCCGCUUUUGGGUCCUCCAGAUCAUCUUUGUCUCCACCCCAUCUCUGGUAUACAUGGGCCAUGCAAUGCACACAGUACGCAUGGAAGAAAAGAGGAAGAUGAAAGAGGCAGAAAUAGAGGCCCAGGAGAUGAAAAACAGUGGUGACACAUACUACCAGCAGAAGUGCUCCAUGGCAGAGAAGGCUGAGCUGUCUUGCUGGGAUGAAUCAGGAGGCAAAAUCAUACUCAGAGGAAGUCUGCUGAACACCUAUGUCUACAGCAUUUUGAUUCGCACUGCCAUGGAAGUGGCCUUCAUAGUGGGACAGUAUGUCUUGUAUGGGAUCUUCCUGGAGACGCUGUAUAUCUGCCAGCGGGCACCUUGCCCCCAUCCUGUCAACUGUUACGUUUCCCGUCCCACAGAAAAGAACGUCUUCAUCGUCUUCAUGCUGGCUGUGGCAGUGCUCUCCCUGUUCCUCAGUCUGGCUGAGCUGUACCACUUGGGCUGGAAGAAAGCCAAAGAGAGGUGUUCCAGGUCUUAUAAACCCAGUACCAGCACAGUCCCUGGCAGACUGGAGUCUGCCCCACAAGUAGAAAGGGCCCAGAUGUACACUCCUCCCCCAGAUUUUAACCAGUGCUUGUCAAGUCCCAAUGGGAAGUUCAUCAGCCCCUUCAGCAACAAAACGGCCUCCCAGCAGAACACUGCCAACUUUGCCACUGAGAGGGUCCAUGGCCAGGGGGAUGCUGCUGGUGAAGGGUCCUUCACUAAGUCCAGCUAUGCAGAAAGUCCAGAGGUGGCCAAUGAAUGUGCAGCACCCACCUUCCCUGAGAACUACUUCAAUGAGAAACGUCGAUUCAGCAAGGCCAGCCGUGCCAGCAGCAAGGCCAGGUCAGAUGAUCUGUCUGUGUGACCUGUCUCCAGGAGGGAUGAGGAAAAGGAG